AUGGCCUCCCUAGGCCUUGCAUAUCUGGAAUCAGAUCUAGAUUCGGAUCCGGAGAUCGUCCCCGAGUCCCCACCGGCGAUGCUAAGCACCGAGUCCCCUCCCGCGGAGCCAAUCAACGAUCCGGAUACUAAGUCCCUACCCGCUAUACUCAGCCCUUCGCCGCAGCCAGGCCUUGUUUUCUUGCCAUUACCCCCUAUAGAUCAACCAUACGAUGACCCUGACAGCGCUAUCACUGUAAUUAAUACCUUCGCCCAGCGUUUUGGUUAUGCAGUGUUAAGCCGACGGUCGAAACGAAUAAGGAAGGGCAUUAAGAAGACUGUUCGACUCUGCUGUGACCGAUGGCGAGAACCAUAG